AUGUUUGCAUGCCAGAUAUCCUUUUUAGAAAAUCAAGGGUAUAAGUCAGCUGUUUUACAGAAGGAACCAUUCCAACUGAAAAGGAGAACAUUACAAGCAAAGUCAUUUGAAAUGGUUAUGAAAUUCAACUUCAUAGAUAGUUGUGGUUGUCCAUCCACAGAAAUUAUUGUCCCUCUUAAUUUUAAGGUUUCAAGAGACUGCUUCGAGCUUGAUAAGGAUGCCAUAUUGCAAAAGCUCAGACACACAGCAAUUCAAGAAUCAUGCUGUGGGCAGAAUGCAGUUGUUGAGAGAAAUGCCCUGUUGACCCCAAAAACUGAUGUCAUUGUAUAUGCCAUUGUAACCAAUGUUAUCCGGUAUAAGAAGACCACUGAAGCCUUGGAAGCUGAUUCUCUAAGUAAUGGUGUUAAAAGGCGAAGGGAAAGCGCAAAUGGUACUGAAACAUCUCGGAAGCGAUCCAAAGUGCACAGGCGCAAACCUAGGUUUUAG